CUUUUUUUUUUUUUUUCCAAAAUUAAAAUACUGAAGAAUAUUGAAGCCCCUUGAGGCAGAAGCAUAACAAGUACCUCUAACCCAUUUGAUUCUCCUUGUAUUCUCCAGCUGCUAUAUACUCCAUCAAGGUCAUCUUUUUCUUGGUUAAGCAGUAUCUAAUGGCAUUUGUGCACACGUUCUAGUAGUUUCCCUUCAAAAAGAUUUCAAAAUACAGUUUCUUCUUUUGGAUCACUACAUUCAAUUAUGCAUUACAGUUUUGCAACAAGGAAAAGAAGCUGGGACAGGUACCAAGUCCUCUUGCCACCCAAUAUAGUGCAGAAAAAAAAAAUCUGCCUUUAUAAAUACAACAUGGAUGCUGACUGGUUGGUGCCUGCUUACCCUAAUGAGCUUAAAGUCUUACUUGUAGUGGACAUCUGUCAAGACAGAAGUGAGGCACGCAAGUCCUCUUAAUCCAUUAGCUCUAAAUCCAGCAGAGCUUUCACACACUUUUUUUUUUUUUUUUUUUGAAUCAAAGAAGAAAACCUGCGUGGAAACAUACAGUGGGACAACGCACAACUGCAAGACCAGAUCCUGGACUGCAAGACCAGAUCCUGGACGGUGAGCAUAUGAGAUUUCAAGGCAAACUACAUCAAGAACUGUCAACAAAACUAACACUGCGAUGGAAAACUUGUGAGAAAAGGGCCAGUCUACUGUUCGGGAUGAGACAGUGAGUUUGAUUCUUUGUUGUAUUUUCUAUAAUUAUCUAGAUUUUAAAUCAAAAAUACAGCCAAAGACGAAGAAAAGAUGGGCUGCACACCAUCUCACAGUGAGAUUGUUAAUACUCUUGCAAGAAGUGGCCUUAAGGCUUUGAAUAAGCCCAAAGGUGUUUUGCGUAUUGAUCCAACAGAUAAAGGAAUCCCACUGCUAGUUAAAGGUUCAUCUUGCUACAGUAUUGAUGAACUUCACCAAUACGGGGUCCAGAGGAAUGACUGCCUGAUAGAAACCAAGGAGAAAACAUCUGAGCUGGAUAAGAGUGAUCAUUUGCAGUUUUCUUUCAACUCUCAUCCAAACAUCCCCAUUUCCAGAGAAGACAAAGUAAUUGAGAGGACAGCCACAGAGGCUGAAGUUAUAUCUAAACUGAUUGAAUCUCAAAAACACAUCACUGAGACUAUACAGAUCAGAAAGCAAAGCUCCUGUGAAUCAGAAGCAUCAGUGUUCAUUUUGGAUAAUAAGAAUGAAAGCAACGCAAAGCAAAUCCUAAAGAAAGGGAAGAAGCCAAAGAAUCAGAAGUCAGCAAAGCAAGGUCGACUUAGCAAAACUAAAGAAAAGUCCAUUUUGUCCCCAUGUGAGACAGAGAAAAAGGUGGAUUUCCCAGAACUGCUUGUUAAGGCUCAUCAGAGUGCAUACGCUUACUUAAAUCCCAAUCUCUCCAAGUAUGAAGCAAUACUUCAUAUGGCUGAUCAGGCUGCCCAAACUCAGCUCUUCCUACAACAGAUGGUAAGCUUCCUUGUGCUUCGCUUUGAUGAAAUCAACCAGCUCUUGGAAGAAAUUGCUAAUGAUGGGGAAAAUCUUCUCAAAAACGUGGGGGGGAAUCUGGCAUGGCCAUCAGAAAAAGGUGAUUUGAAGGAGCACCCUGAUCUUCUGCAACAACUACUGCAAUACACAAUCAAUAAAAUGCAGUUACUGAAUGGAACGCUAGCCUCUCUCACCUCUGAUGCCCUGCAGGAGACAUGCAACUACCUACAGACCGCUGCAAGCAACUUGGAAGGAAAACUGAAAGCAAAGCAAAUGUUUGAUGAGCGCCUGCUUCAGACAGUAAGGCUGCUUGAAGCCUCAACCAUGGGGAACCCUCAGUUCCAUGGCGAUGACAGGACUCUCUGUUCUGAGGACAGUGGCAUUGGUGUGGACAACGAAUCCCUCAAAGACUUCAGUCCUUUCAGCCAGCUUGGAGCACAAGCAAGCUUUGAUCCCUCUGCACAUGGCGUUCUGUCCCAAAAGCACAGCAGAACAAUGGAGCAUAUCCACAAUGGGACAAGGCCACCAGGCACCGCCACAUCUCAUAACUACACACUUGAAAUGCAUUUUAAAGAUGUGCUUCAUUCAUCUGUACAGAGUAGAGAAGGAACUACUUGUCAAGGAGGAAUACCGGAAGGUAUUUCCACUGUGGCACAAUAUGCAAGCCUGAGUAAAAGCCACUCCUGUAACUCCUUCCAGUCUGACUCUACUCAAGAACAUGAACAUUUCCAAGUUGGUGGAUCAAUAGAUUUUCCUUCAGAUGACGAUGAUGAAGGGAGCACCCUGGGGGAGGAUGAUGACAACACAAGUUUAUCAGAAAUGGGGAAGGAUGCCCUGCCAAAGAGACCCCAGUCUUCGCCUGCUGUCACUGGUAACACACAAAGGCAGUCUAUCAAAAGGACAGAAAAUGCAGAAGCAGAGGAAAUGAUUCUGAAGAUGAAAGAUGCUAUCAGUGAAAAAAUCAAGUUUGUCCCAGCUAAGUCUCGGCGUAAAGAAUGGAUGGAGGACGAGAGCGGAACAGCCAUCUUAACAGCAAGGCCCAGUACAGCAACAGGCAGACAGAAAACCUUUGGUAAACAACGACGAUCCCGGUCAGAGGAGUCCCUCAGAAGCCAGGCAGAGGACCCAACCCUCCUAGAGCUUCAGAGAACUCAAAAGGAGCUCAGCAAAAGGCUAGAAAUGUUUUAUGGAAAGAAGGAGACAGAUAACAACAAAGAGCCUAGGAAACUGAGAACAACACGUUACUUGCAGGAUGAGCAAGUUACUUCUAGGUCUUCUAGCAAACUGAAGGCAUGCCUCUCAAAAAAUUUCAGCAUCCUACCUAACCAGGAUAAAGUCCCUUCAUACAUAGUUGAUCAAAAUCCUGCCCAUCAGCUGGAUGAAAAAAGAGACAAGAAGACUUUGAAAGCUACUGUGCCCACCCAGGAGACAUCAUCAGGGAAUGAAGAAAACAAGUCUUCUGGAACUCAAAUGCUCAGUGGCAGCAGUUGUGCCCCCCGCCAGUCUGUCAAAAAGCUCAUUGAAACAUUCAGUCCCACUGAUGAGCUUGGAAAAGCCGCACCUUUAAGAUCUUUAGGACCAGUAAAAUGUGUCAGAAAAUUUGGACUUCCAGUCAUCCCACCCACUGUUCCCUUUCAGAGAGGCCUAGCGCCUUUAAAUGUUAAGCAUCGCAUUUCACCAGUAGAAGGCACAAACCUUUCAAACAACAGUGGAGUUUGUUCUGACUUUCGAAAUGCCUUUCCUCCUAUACCAGCUGCAGAAUUAAGCAAGGACACAAAGGAAGAGACAGAUGAAGAUAUUGAGAACUUGCCACCACCACCCCCUGAAAUGCUAAUGGACAGUACUUUUGACUCCUCUGAGAUGGAAGAAACUGCAAGAAUAGAAGGAAGCUCAUCAGAAGAUGCCAAAAAGCCUUCCAAAACAGAAUUUCAAGCUAGUAAGAGAACACAAGUCUCCCCAAAAAUGAGGGCCUCUCUUCAGUCCAUUGACUUAUUGCCAAGCAAAAAUAUCAAUGGCCCCAGCGUGGCUGCUAACAAAGUUCUAAGGAACAGUGAACCAAGGGAUGAUAAACUGCAGAUAUAUUCUCUGGAGUUGAACCCUACCAAUGUGCACAUCCCUAGUCAGGAAGAGAUAUUAGCAACCCAGAGAAAAGAGGCUGCAGAUUUGUACAAGCAAACGCAUAAAAUUAUUCCUCUUCAAAAUCCCAGCGGGGUUUCAAAACCACACAGCAACAGCUCAGAGGGCAUGGAGGCCAGUUCACCCACAACUUCAGUGUCAUACCAGAAGCACAGCUCUCCUGACUCUCUCAGGAGAAAUGAAAAAGCCUCAGCGUUCUCUAGGAGGGUGUCCCCAGCAAGAACCCCUCCUUCUUCUCCGCCAACUGAGAAACGGCUUUUCAGCCCUCCAGCGCAUCACAGGCACUCUCUGCAAGCUUUUAGCAACCCCCAGCCCAGCUCACCCACCAUGCAGAGGAAACCCAGCCCCCCUACCAGCCCCAGAGCACCCAGCCCUCCCUCACAGAAGAAGCUGCCCUCUCCACCGACCCAGCGCAAGCUGCUCAGCCCUCCUGCAGAGCAUAAACAGGGCUCAUCAAGCCCACACCGGCCACCAGGCUCCCCAGCAUACCGCCGUGACACAGGCCCUGCUCCAUUUCCCAUCACCCCAUCCCCACCAACGUCCCCAUCUCGCUCCUACAGAGGAUCAAGAGCAGGUCUGGAUGCUGGGGAUGAGCCCCAGCCUUCCCCCUCCAAAAAGGGCAGCAACAUACAUUCAAUAUUUUGCCCAGCCACCUCGUCCUUAUUUGAAGCAAGACCUCCACCAGCACCCAGCAAAACCUCAGAGGAGGUCACGGGUCAGCCUGAAGCUUCAAAAACUUCCCAAAAAAACAGCUUGGUUUUCCAGCAGCUGGGAGCUCGAACCAGAAAGCUGUCCCUGAGUGCUGCCAAUCCUCAGCCAUUUGUGAGGAGAAGUUUCUCCGACCGUCGUCCAGGGGUCAGGUUCUUCCUUCCAGCUCCUGUAUCAGCUGCCAGUGAACCCGCUCUUAACCAAGCAAGCAUGGAGGAGAGCCCGAGAAAAGCAGGCGACUCUUGGAGCAACCCUUGUGCCCCUGAAAUCAAAGAGUCCCACAGAUCCGCCUCCCACCCAGAGCUCUACAUCGUGGGCCAGGGGCUGCAGAGGGACUGACCGCAGAAGCGCCCAGGAAGGCAGAGGGAUGAGCAAGGCCUGAGGUCUGCAGGAGGGAACAGCCUUACCCAAGCCUCCAAAACACUGCUCCGUCAUUUUUAAUCACAAGGAAACAAUAUGAUGGCACUACGUCUAAAAAACCCAAACCUCUCGACCUCCAGAGGAAAUACCAGAGUGGUAACCAGCUGCUUCUCGUUCUGAUUGCAAUUCAAAGGUUUGCUUUCAACAACAGAAAUACUUGCCAGUUCUGCAAGUCUGAGGCAAACCGAUUCAGUAUUUUCAUGCCCCUGGGUUUGCUCAGUGCAGAGCAGAGGAGCUGAGGGGAGGCUUCAUGGCAGCUGCAGCUCCUGAGAGGGAGCAGAGGGCAGCGCUGAGCUCUGCUCUGUGAGGGCAACAGGGCCCGAACAGUCAUGAACCAACUGAAUGCUAUUGCAAAAAUUAAAUGGCUUCAGCAAAGUCACAACUUCACACUAGGUUAUUCAUGAACACUUCUAUAGAGAGAAAAGGGCCAAAUACAAGUUAAAGCAAAAAAUAACCCUUUUUUCCCCAAGGGAUAUUAGGAAUGUUAUUUCCUCAAAAAGACUUUGAUCUUCUAAAGCAUCUCUGAUUACCUUGUAAUCUCAUCAUCUCUAGUUCUCAGGAUACAAGGCUUAAUCCUGAUUAGAGUAGUUUUGUAACAGCCUAAUCAAACAUCCAGAGGCACUUAAGGACACGUUAAAAAAAAGAAAAGAAAAAAGAAGAAAAGAGAGAAUCCUGUUCCCUAGAAAGAGGUUUAUAUUCCAGUUUACACAGUUUGAAUGGAUUUGCUGUGACUUCUAGACAGGUUCUUGCUAAUGAAAACA